AAAAAAGUUCCUGUCUGGAAAAUGCUCUGAAAAGAGAUGAUAGCAGAGCCAACAUUACUCUCCAAAUCUGUGCAAAAAGAGAACUCAGGGGUGGAUGUGUCUUCCUGUCUAACCUCAAACAGGCAGAGAGAUGAAAACAGACAGAAGACUGUGAGAGGGAAAAGGAAGGCACGGGAGGGCUCAGAGAAUGCCAAGCGUAAACACUCGAGGACCAGCAGCAAUGGCAGCCUCGGCAGAGUGGAGAACGAGCAGCUCAAAGACAGAGAAGUGGAGGCCGUCACACUGUUUGAGGUGGUCACCAUGGGGAAGAGCGCCAUGCAGGCUGUUGUGGAUGACUGGAUCGAGGCUUAUAUUAUGGACAGAGAUUCUGCUCUCCUGGAUAUCAUUAGUUUCUUCAUCCAAUGUUCAGGAUGCAAAGGUGUGGUCACAGCUGAGAUGUUCCAGAGCAGGCAGGACAGUGAGGUCAUGAGUAAGAUGGUGGAGGAUCUGGAUGAGGGCUCAGGUCUGCAAUACAAGAAAUUCUUGGCAUUUCCAUGGAUACUCACUGUUACAUGGCCGAUGGACAUGGAUAGUGGGGAGUACCCUCUUGUCAUGUCUGGCCUGUACUGGAAGCGGUUCCGCUUGCACUUUUGUGAGUUUGUUUCCGUGCUGGUGGCCCAGUGUCAGUACAACGUCAUCUUUGACAACUACCUGCUGAACACGCUAAUUUCACUGCUCACCGAGCUCUCUGACUCCCGGGUCCGAGCCUUCAGACACACCUGUACUCUGGCAGCGGUGAAGCUGCUCAGUGCCCUGGUGAAUGUGGCACUCAAUCUUGGCAUCAGCGUGGGUAACAGCCAGAGGCUUUAUGACGUAGAGUGUGCCAAGACAGCUAGCAAACGAGCUGCUCCACGCCUAGAGAGGAUCCAGAGGAAGAUCAACGAGUUGCAAGACAGGAAGCUUGAGAUUGAAAACAUGAUGGAUGCCAUUUUUAAAGGAGUCUUUCUAAAAAGAUACAGAGACGUGAUCCCUGAGAUCAGAUCCAUCUGUAUGGAGGAGUUAACGGUGUGGAUGCGACUCUAUAGUCCUGUAUUUCUGAAUGACAGCUGUCUGAAGUAUGUCGGCUGGAUGCUGCACGACAAGCACCCUGAUGUGCGUCUGAAGUGUGUAUUGGGUCUACAGGGACUGUAUGAAGAUGCUCAUCUCAGGACUAAGAUGGAUCUUUUCACUGUCCGCUUCAAGGAGAGAAUGAUCUCCAUGACGCUAGAUAAGGACCAUGAGGUAGCAGUUCAGGCCAUGAGGCUACUGAUGGUCAUCUCCCAAUCAUAUGAGGAGGUUCUGAGUCAGGACGAUUACAAACACAUGUUCCAGUUUGUUUAUUCCUCCUACCGUCCUCUUGCAGCCGCUGCGGGUGAAUUCCUCUACAGCAAACUGCUCAGUAACCCUGCCCUGACGGAGCCCAGAGAUGGACUGUCAGAGGAGAACAGACAGAGAGAACUUACCAUGGCCCGACUCCGAACUCUGCUCCACUUCUUCAAAGAGAGUGAGGUACAUGAGCAUGUGCUCUGUCUGGUGGACAGUCUGUGGGAUUGUGGAGGUGCAUUCCUGAAGGACUGGGUCUCUCUCACCUCACUCCUCUUACAACCCUCCUCCUCUCAAGAACAAGAUUUGAGAGACACUGAUGAGGAUCUGGUGAUUGAGAUCCUGUUAGCAUCGGUGAGGCAAGCAGUUGAAGGUCCCCCUCUUACUGGGAGAGGAUCAGGGAAGAAGGUGACCAGUGCCAAAGAGAAGAGGUCACAGACAGAUGACUGCACAGGGCUGACAGAACACUUCAUUAAAGUCCUGCCUGAACUGUUAUCAAAGUAUUUAGAAGAUGCUAAGAAGCUGACCUCCUUCCUCAAAAUACCUCAGUACUUUCAAAUGGACACACAAGGAGAUGAAUACCUCGAAUCUAUGCAGGCUCUUCUGGCUCAACUGGAAGCUGCUGUGGAGAAGCACACAGGUGCAGAGCUCCUGGAGGAAGCUGCCCGCUCCUAUCAGAUCCUAUGCAGCGAAGAGUCACCCUGGCAUAGCCUGGCAUCCUCUGCCAUGGACCAGCUCAUCCAGCGCUGGGCAAAAACUCUGGGAAUGUGUUUAGAGGAGUCGCUAAGUGAUGGUGUCUUUACUGCAGAUGAAGAAAAAACUGGAGAAAUUCUGUCCACACUGAAGAAACUUACUGCCUUCUAUAAUGCUCAAGACCUGUCCAAGUGGGAAUUAUAUGAACUUGGCUCCAAGCUUCUGGUAGUGGAGACGCAAAAUGGCGGCCUGCCAGUGGAGGUCACAGUGGAGGCUCUGCGCUGUGUCUGUUACUCUGUGUUGUGGAAACUUAACACUUUUGGAGAGGUUGCAGUUUCCAGGGAGUUAGCCAUCCAUCAGAGGAAUCAGCUACGAGCCUUCUGUGAGAAAUGCCUUCGCUGUCUGUCGCAUAAUGAGCAUCAAGUAAGAGAGCAGGCUUUCAUGUCUUUGUGUGACAUCCUCAUCGCCCAUAACUACCAGCUGCAGAUGUGGGAUCCUUCAGCAGGCCCUCCACUACUGUACACUCCAGACCCAAAGCUUCAGAAAGCCCUGCUUACCUUCAUCCUUGACCAUGUCUUUACAGGCCCUGAGCUGGACAGCCACAGUAGAGCUGGUGAGAGUGACUGCGGAGUGAGUCGGUUGGAGGACUUGCACAGGCGUAGAAAUCUUCUGGCCGCGUACUGUAAGCUGAUAGUUCACAGUGUUCUGGAGAUGAGUAUGGCGGCUGAAAUCUUCAAACAGUACAUGAAGUACUACAAUGACUUUGGCGACAUCAUCAAAGAGACCUUGAACAGAACGCGGCAGAUGGACAAAAUCGAGAGCGCACGAACGCUGGUGCUCUGCCUGCAGCAGCUUUUCCUGAGGCUGAAGCAGGAACAGGAUAGCGGCAGUAUGGGUAGCCCUGGAGUUCAGACAUACAGUAGCAUUAAAGAGCUGGCCAGACGCUUCUCUCUCACCUUUGGCUGGGACCAGAUCAAAUCUCGUGAAUCUCUGGCCAUGAUCCACAGGGACGGUAUUGAGUUUGUAUUUAAGGGUUUCGUUCAGCAGGGUGAGAAACACUCCCCACCAUAUCUCUCCUACCUCACCAUUCUCAGCGAGUUCUCCAGCAAGCUGCUGAAGCCUGACAAAAAGACAGUUUACACUUACCUGCAGAAGUAUGCAGGUGACCAGACCUUCAGCAACAGAGAAGAGUGUUGGCUUCCUCUUAUCUACUAUAGAGCAUCGCUGCAGGGUACAACGGAAGGCGAAGACGCUGUCUCCUACAUCAGCUCUGACACCAUCAAACAGUUCGCUCACACCAACCGCUCCAGGUCACCCUCCAUCAAACAGGCCGUCUCUGAAGGAGACAUGAGGUCCCCGCUGACUCUCCCCUGCAUAGAAACCAAAGGGAAUAAGCAUGUGAGAAGUGUGGAGGAGACUAAAGUAGCAGAGCAAAACCAAGGGACCAAGAUGCAGUCAGCCACGGGUCUGCCUUUAGACGGGCAGCAGAGGACCAGCCCUGAUGACGUGGAUGUGGACACAGUGGAAAUAGAUCUGUAAAAGACCAACCUCAGUUACAAAUGG